AUGUCGCGAUCUCCAGUCUGGAACGUCGCGCUGUUGAGCCAAAAGUCAGCAAAAAAACUCACCCUUUUGGCUUUUGGCUUUUUGCUCCCUACAACACUGCAACAGAGCUCGGCUCGUUCCAACACCCGUGCGAGGACGAGCUUGUGUGCGCAGGCCUCAACAACGAGAAGGUGCCGCACUUCAACGCACCUGUCUUCUACGAGAACAAGACCCAGAUUGGCAAGAUCGAGGAGGUCUUUGGUGCCAUCAACAACCUGCACUUCACCAUCAAGCCGAGCGCUGGCAUCGUGGCCAAGUCGUUCGCUGCUGGUCAAAAGAUAUACAUUUCCCCCGACAAGCUUUUGCCGCUUGCUCGAUUCCUGCCACAACCCGCCAAGCCAAAGGGCCCUAGUACAGGGCGGUGUUGGCAGCGCUGGCGGCCGUGGCGGCUUUGGUGGCGCCCGUGGCGGUGGCCGAGGUGGCUUCUCCCCUCGUGGCGGUCGUGGCGGCUUUGGCGGCGGCUUUGGCGGCGGUCGUGGUGGCAGCAGCGGUGGCUUCCGAGGAGGCUCGCGCGGCGGCUCGCCUCGUGGCGGCGGUGGCUUCCGAGGGCGAUCGUAAUUUGUUGUCGAGGUUUGAGACAGCUCGAAUUCUCUUUUUUGCUUUCACCCCCAUCCUCCACAAUUUUUCGUGAAAUAAGUUUUGGACUAUUACAGCACAAAAACUCGUCAAACCAUUCUUUGAGCA